CCGAGGCCGCGUUAAAGGCGCGCGGGCGGAGCCGCGAGAGCAGCGCGAGCUGCGGGGACAGCGCUCCCGGAUCCCUCUUCCUGCAGAAUUCCAAGGAUCGUCCCGCCAUGACUCUGGCAGCCUACAAGGAGAAGAUGAAGGAGCUCCCCCUGGUCUCCCUGUUCUGCUCCUGUUUCCUGUCGGAUCCGCUCAACAAGCCGGGAUACACGUACGAAGACACGGUGGAGCUGGCGUGGUCGGUGCUGUCGGACAUGGAGGUGAUCGAGCUGAGCAAGCGCACGUCGGGCCAGUCCUUCGAGGUGAUCCUGAAGCCGCCCUCCUUCGACGGCGUCCCCGAGUUCAACGCGUCGCUGCCGCGCCGCCGGGACCCCUCCCUGGAGGAGAUCCAGAAGAAGCUGGAGGCGGCCGAGGAGCGCCGGAAGUACCAGGAGGCGGAGCUGCGGAAGCACCUGGCGGAGAAGCGGGAGCACGAGCGGGAGGUGAUCCAGAAGGCCAUCGAGGAGAACAACAACUUCAUCAAGACGGCCAAGGAGCGGCUGGCGCAGAAGAUGGAAUCCAACAAGGAGAACCGCGAGGCCCACCUGGCGGCCAUGCUGGAGAGGCUCCAGGAGAAGGACAAGCACGCGGAGGAGGUCCGGAAAAACAAGGAGCUGAAGGAAGAGGCCUCCAGGUAAAGAGGCUCUGCUCGGACUCUCAGCUCCGGGGGGCGGAUUUUUCCGGAGGCUCCCGCGGGCUCGGCCGGAGCGGAAGGGCGGGAACGUUCCCUCUGCUUUUCCGUGUGGAAUCGGGACGGAGCCGCCGGGCGAUCCCAAGACAUUCCGGGGUGAUGGAGGGGAGGGUUGGGAAGUGAAGGAAAGAGAGGGGGAGGGGGUUUUUU